AAAAAAACGAAAAGUGAAACGAGCAAUCAUUUUGUUAUUUUAUUAUGUUAUUUGCGUUACGCAAGGUAAUUUUCUCGAUCUGAAUAUGCCCAUUUAUUUCGCGCCAUCAUCGCGCGGAGACGUCGCACCGCGUCUUCGGGGUAAUUGCGAAUAUUUACACAUUACUCUCGAAUUGCACUUGCCCGAGCUUAGGCGUAACUAGGUAGGGUAUACAAAAGACACGGGCUAGAUAUACAUUCACCUUAAAAGAAAGUUUAAAUGGCGGUGGCGAGCCUUCGCUAAUCUUAAUUCGUGUUCGUUCUUUCGCCAAACUGGAUCAUUUCUCUCUCUAAAAUGAAACCGUCCGCCAUCUUGUUAGCGGCCAUCUUGUCGGCCGCCUUCGCCGCCAGGCCCAACAAGGAGAAGAAAACGACGCUGGAGGACGUCGAGCGCGACUACGUCACGACCAAGGCGCGCCUGUCGCCGCCGCCGGCGCCCCGCCACCCCGCCAAAUCGCCCACCCAGUUCGGCUUCGUGCCCGCCAAAACGGCCGCCAAUUACGUCCAGCAGGAGCCCAAGAUCGUCUACGCCCAGCCGAGUUACCGGCCCCGCAGCCAGUACAACACCAUCGCCUACUCCUCGGACCAGCCCGGCCUCGAUCAGCAUUCCAUAACCCAGCAGUACCGAUCUCAGCCUCAACCUCAGCCUCAACCUCAGCCUCAACCUCAGCCUCAGCUUCAGCUUCAGCCUCAGCCUCAGCCUCAGCUUCAACAAUACUCGACGCCGGGCGUCCAGUACGCCGCCAAGAGUCAACCCCAGCAGGAGCAGGCCUACUAUGUACCACAGAACGGCCACUAUUUGAACAACUACGAGCAAUUGCAGUACGUUUCUGAUAACGCCAUCGAACAGACCAACCAGCAGUACUACAAUCCGCAGCAGUACUAUUAUUUACAGCAAUAUCAAGCGCCUAGUACUUCCAUUCAAGCCAUCAUCGAUCCAAAAGGUGGUUUGCAGUACAUAAUGUACAUUCCCACGUACGUAAAAGGCCAGGGGGAGGAUCAGCAGCAAACCAACGAGCCGACUGCGACCUACCAGCAACCCGUUUACACUCCUGCUUACUCGGAGAAACCUGCCGAUUACGAGACGUACGAAGACAAAGCGAGUAAUUACGAAAUAGGGAAGAGUUCGUACGUGCCUAAAGAGCAGGAGUUGGUGAUUAAAAGGGAGCCGAAAAGUCUGUUGGACUCGUACGUGCCGAGUUUGCUGCAAAUACAGUACUACAGGCAGGCUCAGGGGCAUUUGAACAGCCUGCAGGAUUCGCGCAAAUUGAACGGGUACAAGUUGAAGCGAUAAUCGCAAGGGGUGCUUUGGUCGCUUUCGAAUCGCUUAUUAUAAGUCUGAUUACUCUAUCUUGGUGCGUUGAAAAAAGUUGCGCCGGGGAUUCCCAAAUUAUCGAUUAAUAAAUAAAUUGGUAAUCGUACCGGUUUAAUUGUAAAACAUGUAACAUGUACAGACUAAGGAUUAAAUUGGCCAGUUGUUGGGCAAUGUUGUUAAUUUUCUAACGAGAGCUGUAUUAUUUUCGGAUUGUAAUCCAAUUUUACUUAACAUUGUGUGUUUUUUUUUUUGUUAUAAUCAAGUAACAAUUUGAAUAUUGAAUAAAAUAACUGUUUAAGGUUGGCGUUGAGUUUUAGUAACCCGGAUUAAUUGAAUUGAUUUGUGUUCAAAAG